CAACAGGCCAGCGCGACUUGCUCACGGUCACUAGGGUAACUAGCGAGAGCAAUCAGUCAGCCAGACAGCCAGGUCCACCGAGAACGCAGCCCGCGACGACGACGACGCACAAGAACAGAAAAGAUAGACAGCAGACGCACGUGUCCUACAUACAGAAGCAUCAUCGCAAUCAUGACCGCCCUCUUCAACUUCAACGCGCUCCUCCUCGUCAUCCUCCUCCUCAUCUGUACAUGCACCUACAUCCGCCAGGUAGUGCCAGGCAUGGUCGACAGUCGGAAAGACAAGAACAUCUUCUUCGGAGUGUUCUGGAAGUUCGCAAGGAUAGGAGAGCGCCUAUCGCCCUACGUCAGUCUGUGCUGCUUCGUGAUGGCGGUUGUUACGUUCUUGGGAUAAUUACGACGACUACGACGGGGAACGGGCAGAGUCGGCGGUGAAGCAGAGUCGGCGGCUAUGACCGGCGUAAUUUACGAUCGAGUCGUCGGAUAAUACACCCGAUUUUUAUCACUCUACACUACGUUAUGCGCAUAUGUAUCGCGAGGGGAUGCUUGGAUUGAAGUAGAGGGUGAAUUCGAGCUGUACUCUACGUAGGCCUUCCGCCGUCAUCUCGGAUGGAAAUCUACACGAACGGUCAUGGUCAUGGCGACCGCUUGGCAACGUGUCCAUUCUUCACAUGACACAGGUACCUCCAUGACGACAUGCAUAAACGAGGUCCGAGACGAUAAG